AUGACUGGUGACCUUGAUGGAAGUAUUCAAUACAAGCAAAAGGCAUUAGAUAUCAAAGCACAAGCAGCACAUAAGAGUGGAGCUAUUCCGCCAAGAAUAUUAGUACCCGAUUCAACUAUGGGAACAAAAAAGUCUAAAAGUGGUGUUGUAUCAAGUUCCUCUAAUAAUAUGUAUGCUGACAUUGAACAACGUAUUGCUCAAGUUACAGAUAGUACACAUCUGUCAUUUGAUUCAACACAAAUUCACAAAGCUAGUCGUGAAGCAAAAAUGAUGGCUGUAGCUUGGAUUAUGGUUUGCAAAUUCGAUUGUAGACUCUAUGGAGGAUUUGUACGUGACUGGAUAGUUGGUCAUUUCAUAGGUCGUCCGAAAAAUAAAACUGUUGAUCAAUGGAUUCAAUAUGAUAAUUCGACAGCUCAUUUACAUCCAGAGAUAGUGCCUGCUGACUUAGAUUGUUAUUUGCCAGCACAUGGCUUAUCUGAUAUCGAUGAAAUACUCGAUGAAUUAGGAAAAUUACAAAUGACAGUAAAUGUACAUCGGGACCAAUGGCGAUAUUUAUUAUUCGUAGAUCAAAAUACACCAACAGGUCCAUUUACCAUUGAUUUGAUUAUACCACAUAUUGGCAUACAUAAAUAUGAUCGCAUCGAUUUUGACGUAAACAAUCUGUAUGUUGAAAAGAAUUACACAAAACAUUUGGGUAUGCGAAUCGAUAUAACAUACGCUCCAUAUUCUAUUACUCUGGAAAAAAUUGUCGACAAUAUACGGAAAAACCGUUUUUAUUUACUGGCUGGAGUAAAAAGUACACCGUGCGGGAAAGUUAUUGUUGAAAGAAUAGAUAAAAUGAAAACGCGUGGAUGGCAACAAUUAGAUAACGCUCUACCACCAGUAGUACCAAGUGGAGGUCCAUCGUCGAAUGUUGAAUUAAAACCAGUACCAAAUACUUCAUCCAUCUAUCAGAAAAUAUUACAGAAGAUGAACUCUGCUUUUAGUGGCAACAAACUGGAAAUUGUGUCCAUUGAAGAGAUCAAGAAUGUUGAAUUACAAAGCAUGUAUGAGCAAGCAAGGAAGCAAAUUCAAAAGCAGACCUCACUGUCUGAUGGGAAUGAAAUGAUGUUAUAUCACGGUGCAAAAGGCGAGAAUAUUGAAAUAAUUUUCCGUUGUGGCUUUCUUGAUCGAAUUUAUCGGUAUGGUAACUGGGGUAAAGGAGCCUAUUUCAGCGAUAAUCCAAAAUGUGUGCAUACACGUACAUUUCCAGAUGCCAACGACAACGACAAGCGCGUCAUAUUUCUUACAAAAGUACUCAUGGGCAAUGUACAAAAAUUUAAUAGGCAUAAAAUUAAUUUAAUUUCGGCACCUGAUAAAUAUCAUUCAGUCCAUGGCACUUUCCCGCAAUUACCAAACUCGGAUGAAUUUAUCAUAUAUCGUUAUGGACAAGCUUUACCUUACAUAAAAAUAACAUACAAAGCAUAA